ACACUCUGCCUUGGCUAGCCUGCUCCUAUGCCGCUGGGACCCCGAAGUUGCAUCUUGUCCGUUCCAAUAACUGCUUCCAGAAGCCUGCUGCUGCGAGGCUGCUGUCAGCAGUGGAAUUUCCAGGUCCUCUGUCCCCAGACUACAGUUGAUGGCCCAUUACCAUCAUCUGCAGAUAUGGUCAACUUGGCAUCGCAAAGUUGUCACAUACGACCAUACCCAUUGGAAAACUCGGGAUCCCGUCCGCUCUCCCAUAGAUAAGCCAAUGAGGGCCGGAUUAGUAGUUGGGUCGGUGACGACCAGCGAAUACCUGGUGUUGUAUGUUUUUGAUUUUUGGAGUUUUGGCGAUGUCACGAGAAAGCUGUUUGUUGGAAGUAAGUCUCCAGCAGCGGAUGAUAAUGUUUUGACUUGGUCGUAUACACUCACCCUGAGACAGGAUUCGGAGGGGACAAGGGGGGCUCGAGCAGCCAGGCUGUGCCUCAAGAGUCUAAAUAGACCAAAGUGAUUAAAUGACCGAGCCCACAGCUGUCAGUUGUUGAUGGUAGCCAGUGCGGUGUUAGUCAAGACGCUAAUAUGUGUGAGGGCGUUUGUGGCUAGCUUC